CAUACAGGCAUGACAACGCACGCACACAGCUAGCACAUUACUUGCUCUCUGCUGCAUUUGUUGCCUGCUUCUUAGCUGCUGAUCAUCAUCGCCGGUGCCUCCGAUCAGAUCCUCAGCUCGAUGGGUUCUGCAGGCAACGUAUUCGCCGACUCCGGCCCGACGCAUAUGAUGAUGACGAAAAUUGGCGCGGCUUCCUCUCCAACGACGGUUGAGAUUGACUGGGACAAUGAAGAGCACCGCCGGUGCAUCACCGCCUGUCUCGUUAAAGGCACUUACCUUCUAGAGAGCGAGCGAGCCAACUGCUGGGAGGAGGACGCCAAUUCCGAGGAGCAACUCGCGCCGGCGUGGUGGGAGAGCUUCCACUUCCGCCGGCACCGUGUGCUUGCGUGCGUGUGCGAGUGCCUCCUCUGCAAGAUCGGCCACCACAUCCUUGCAGCCCGAAGCACGCCCUUCAUCUACGGAGCUAUCUUCGAGUACGUGCCGCCGGCCGGCGCGCGCCGCCACCCGUCGGCGGCUCCAAGCUACGUCGUCGCCUUCCGAGGCACCAUGCGACGGGAUCCCACAACGCUGGGCGACAUGCGCCUCAACCUCAGGAUCCUGCUCAACGAGCAGCACUUCUGCGGCCGCUUCAGCCAUGCACGCGCAAAGGUGGAGGAGCUCCUCAACUCUAUCCCCAAAAAUGGCGGCGGCGGCGGCGGGGUGUGGCUCGCGGGGCACUCGCUUGGCGCGUCCAUAGCGUUGGAUGUGGGGCGCCAUGUCAUGACCGAGAAGGAGCUGAAGCUCCCCACCUUCCUAUUCAAUCCGCCGCAGGUGUCGCUGGCUAGCCUGGCUCCGGCGAUCAACAAGAUGCCCAUCGCAGAGGUGGCGAAAAGGGGUGUGCACGCCUCGAGCUCCGCCGUGAAGCACGUGCUGGGGAAGACGGUUCUGAGGCCCCACAGGAGGAACAUGGAGGAGAAGUUCGAGCGGCUGUCGCCAUGGGUGCCGAAUCUGUACGUGCACCCGCGGGACGUCAUCUGCAGCGGCUUCAUCGACUACUUCGAGCAGCGGGAGCGCCACCCACGCGUGGCCGGAGCGGCUGCCAUGAUGUCGUAUCGAGACAUGUGCCGCUCUGCUAUCGGCAAGCAGAAUGAUCGCCCGCAUCUCCUACCAUCCGCAGUACUGUGGAAGAACCAGAGCUCGGAAGGCGACCCACACGAGCUCCGGCAAUGGUGGCAGCCCCAAGGCCCCGAAUUGGAGUUGACCAGCCAGUUAUACAAGUGGUCUUGAGUAUUAAUGGACCGAUUCUUAUACAUGCUUGUUCUCAUCUAAUCGAUCCCGCGGAUGCUCACUAUCAGAGAGAGAGAGAGAGAGAGAGAGAGAGAGAGAGAGAGAGAGAGAGAGAGAGUGGAUGUUUGUAGUUUUAAUUUCAUCGUGUGUUAGGACAAGUUAGAAGUAUAUCUAUAUUGGUGGUUGUUUCAUAUAGGUUAUGGUCUUACAUGCUGUGCCACG